ACAGCCGUCGCGCGCAUCCUGGGAAACUCGCUUGCGCUUUCUCUGUCCGACGUGUCUGUCCCACAAAACCGGCUGGUGAGGGGAAAAAUAAAACAGACGACAUUCUCACCGGUGACACGGACACGUUGCGGGGAUCAUGGGGGGAUCACAGAGUGUGGAAAUACCCGGAGGUGGUUCGGAGGGCUAUCAUGUUCUCAGAGUGCAGGAGAAUUCGCCCGGGCACAGAGCAGGUCUGGAGCCGUUCUUUGACUUCAUUGUGUCCAUUAACAACACUAGACUGAACAAGGAUAAUGACACACUGAAAGACAUUCUGAAGGCCAGCGUGGAAAAGCCUGUGAAGAUGCUGGUGUACAGCAGUAAGACGCUCGAGCUGAGGGAAGCCACUGUAACGCCUAGCAACAUGUGGGGCGGACAGGGCCUUCUGGGGGUCAGCAUCCGCUUUUGCAGCUUUGAGGGAGCCAAUGAAAAUGUCUGGCAUGUUUUGGAAGUAGAGCCAAAUUCUCCAGCAGCAUUAGCAGGAUUAAGACCACACACUGACUACAUCAUCGGAGCAGACACGGUUAUGAACGAGUCAGAAGACUUAUUCUCAUUGAUAGAAACUCAUGAGGGCAAAGGACUGAAACUCUACGUCUACAACACAGACACAGAUAACUGCAGAGAAGUGGUCAUUACACCCAAUAGUGCCUGGGGUGGAGAGGGCAGCCUCGGCUGUGGUAUUGGCUAUGGUUACCUGCACAGAAUCCCUACUCGACCCUUUGAAGAGGGCAAGAAAAUUAGUUUUUCUGGACACAACCCCAGUGAGCCAACCAGCCCGCUGAAGGAUGGCUUCACAGAGGUUCAGCUGUCUGCAGUAACUCCACCCCCUGUGUCACAGCCCACCCCCAUAGGGCUUGAAGAGAGCCUGUCUGGCCUGUCACUCAGCUCUGCCCCACCUAAAAUUCCCAGCGAGCUCCACACAGGUGUUCCAACAGUUCCCCUGUUGCCCACUCAUGUGACCCCAGGGUUGGGUUCCCUUCCAUCCAUCAACCCCUCUAACACCUUACCAGGUUUGAUGCCCUUACCGUCUGGCCUCCCUCCGCUACCCAACCUGCCUAACCUCCCGAACCUCAAUAUACCUUUACCGGACUUUAACGCUUUAUCGUUAGCUGGAUUCAGUGGUUUACCUCCCACCACAGCAGGUUUGCCCCCUCUCGCCCCCCUCCCUCCUCUGAAUCUUACUGGCAUCUCUUCUCUACCCAUGCCCACCGUUCUGCCCUCCACUCUGCACAGCAUGCCAGGAGUCACACUGUCGUCCACGUUGGCCCCCUCUGACCUUAUACCGCCUGUCUCCUUAACGACCAAGCAGACUCCCAUGCUCAUACUGGAAGCCACCCCUGCAGUCAAAGACACGCCCUCAGGGAUGCCUGUUGCCACUGAGAUGACCAAUGCACAGGUGGCCGCAGAGUCCUCGUAACCAUCAGACCGUGGCCAGAGGGCAUCUCUAAUGUAUUUAUUCAGUACAAAAAGAUUCCAGUGUGCAAACACACACAUAAACAGUUCUGAUGAGAGAUGCCAGAGAUAAUGCGUGAGAGAUGGACAGAUAAAAUGUUGAAAUAUUACACACAAAAAAAUUUAAAAAAGGAGUUGACUGUAGGUGAUUAAGAGCAUGUAUGUCCAGUUUGCGCUCUCUUCAGAAUCUGUGCUUUCUCAAGCUUUUCCUUUCUGAAUAUCCUGUAAUCAACUUUCAAAUGUCAGUAUAGCAUUCCCUGUAAUUACAAAUUGCUAUGUGAUUUUACUAUGUAAUGUUUGUUCGUUCUUUCUUUGCACCAUGUUUGCUCUAAUCUCAGAACAUCCUCUAUAAAUCAGACUGGGCUCUGGGCCUCUUUCUCUCACUCGCACAUCUUCAGUAAGAUAGCGCUGUCAACAUGUACAGAAAUACAAAUGUGUGCUUGUGCAGUUUGAAGAUUGUGUAGGAAUCUCUUAUUCAAACAUAUACAAGCAAUAAACUACCCAAUUUUACACCA